GGCAGAGAGAGAUUUUUAUUGGAAGCUGUUAAAGUGGUUGCUAUGAGACCUUCUCCAGCUAACACAGGCACAGCAGUGAGUGUGAGGCUGAUAAAUCACACCUCUUGCAUUAUACCUUUCCUUUCUGCCUUUUUUUUUUUUUUUCCUAGCACAGCUUUUAUAGUUGUUCAAGAUCAGGGAAAGCACCUGCCAGUUGCUUUUUUCUUCGUUUUGCUCCCUUCUUCUGCCUCGUGCAAGAUGGAGCUAGAAAACGAAAUGAUCAGCUCCUCCAGCAAUUCUUCAGCAGGCUCCAGAGAGUACAAGGUGGUGAUGCUGGGAGCAGGGGGAGUUGGCAAAAGCGCGAUGACAAUGCAGUUCAUAAGCCAUCGGUUCCCUGACUAUCAUGACCCAACUAUAGAGGAUGCCUAUAAAACUCAAGUCCGAAUCGAUGAUGAACCAGCCUAUUUGGACAUUCUAGACACUGCUGGGCAGGCAGAAUUCACAGCCAUGAGGGACCAAUACAUGCGAGGUGGAGAAGGUUUCAUUAUCUGCUACUCCAUCACAGACCGCCAAUCCUUCCAAGAAGCUGCUGAGUUUAAGGAGCUCAUUUAUCGUGUCCGGCACACCUAUGACAUCCCUGUGGUGCUGGUGGGAAACAAAAUAGAUCUUGAAGAGUUCAGACAGAUCAUUGACUUCCUCCCUAAAUUAGGCUACGACAAAACCCUAAUGGCGACAAUCCAGCUGCAGCUUAAUGCUCAGCUUGAGGCUUCAAACAGCAAUGCCUUGUGCUUAUACACUAGACUGGGAGGGAUGUAG